GACAGAAUGUGAUGUCUACAAACAUGCUGUCUUUUCCGAGCUUGGUCGUCCCUUAGACGUCAGCCUAGAAGCUGUCUAUGGGAACUGCCAUAAUUUUGCAAUAUGGGUUUCAUUAAAGUUGUCAAGAAUAAGGCUUACUUCAAGCGCUUCCAAGUAAAGUUCAAGAGGCGCAGAGAGGGCAAGACUGACUACUAUGCUCGCAAGCGAUUGGUUGUGCAGGCAAAGAACAAGUACAAUACGCCUAAGCACCGCAUGAUUGUGCGUAUCACAAACACUGAUGUCAUCGCUCAGAUUGCUUAUGCCAGAAUUGAGGGAGAUAUGAUCACUGCUGCUGCAUAUUCUCAUGAACUCCCUAAAUAUGGUGUCAAGGUUGGUCUUACCAACUAUGCAGCAUGCUACUGCACUGGACUCUUGCUUGCUAGGAGGAUUCUGAAGAAGUUCAGGCUGGAUACCAUUUAUGAAGGUCAGAAAGAAGCUGAUGGGGAGAUGUACUCUGUGGAGGAUGUGGCAGAAGGUCCAGGAGCUUUCCGUGCCAACCUUGACAUUGGUCUGGCACGGACCACUACUGGAGCUAGGAUUUUUGGAGUCAUGAAAGGUGCUGUGGAUGGAGGCAUUGAAGUUCCCCACAGUGAGAAGAGAUUCCCUGGAUAUGACAAGGAGACAAAGGAAUUUAAUGCUUCUGUUCUUCGUGAUCAUAUUAUGGGUAGUCACGUUGCCAGUUACAUGAGGGAACUCAUGGAGGAAGAUGAAGAUGCUUACAAGAGGCAGUUCUCACGAUUCAUUAAGAAAGGAGUUACCCCUGAUGAGCUAGAAGAAAUGUACAAGAAGGCACAUGCUGGCAUUCGUUCUGACCCAUUACCUUCACCAAAAGAAGAGAAGAAGGUUGUAAAGAAGAGAUGGAAUGCCAAGAGGUUGACAUACGAUGAACGCAAAGCUGCCAUUCAAAAGCGCAAGGAUGCUUGGUUGGCUAAGAUUGAGAAGGGGGAGGCUACUAUGGAAGAGCUACGUGUCCCUAGGCACCACCACCGUUAAUAAAGAUUGUGGUCAGAA